UCUGUUGCAGUGGAGGGUUGUGCGGCCGGCAGGUGCCUCUGGGGCCGCCCCGCCGCUCCCUCAUGAGGCCGCAGGACCCGCCGCAGGGCGGUCCCGCCGCCGCCGUGCUGCCGGCGCUAGAGACGCUGAAGCAGCGGGCAUGCGAGAGCGUGGAGCUGAACGCGGAGCGGCUCAGCGCGCUGAGCCGCGACAUCUGGAGCCGGCCUGAGCUGGCCUACGAGGAGCACCAGGCGCACGACACCAUGACCCGCUUCUUCUCCAACGGGGAGCUGCCGGGCGCCGCCUGGGCCGUGCAGCCCCGCUACAAGCUGAGCACGGCCUUCCGCGCAGAGUGGGGCACAGCCGCCCCCCAGACACAGGGCCCGCGCCCGCUCCGCGUCGCCUUCCUCUGCGAGUACGACGCGUUGCCCGGCAUCGGGCAUGCCUGCGGCCACAACCUCAUCGCCGAGGUGGGAGCCGCCGCCGCGCUAGGGCUGAAGGCCGCCUUGGAGAGCCUGCCGCAGCCGGCGCCCACCGCCGUCCAGAUCACGGUGCUGGGCACGCCUGCGGAAGAGCAAGGAGGAGGCAAAAUAGACCUGAUAAACGCUGGAGCGUUUGAUGGCCUGGAUGUGGUUUUUAUGGCGCACCCCUCGCAAGAAAACGCAGCUUACCUGCCCGAUGUGGCUGAGCAUGAUGUGACUGUGAAAUACUAUGGAAAAGCUUCUCAUGCUGCUGCUUAUCCUUGGGAAGGAGUUAAUGCAUUAGAUGCUGCUGUUCUUGCAUACAACAAUCUGUCUGUUUUAAGACAGCAAAUGAAACCGACCUGGAGAGUUCAUGGUGUAAUAAAAAAUGGUGGUGUGAAACCUAACAUCAUUCCUUCUUACACUGAGCUGGAGUUCUACUUGCGUGCCCCUUCAAUGAAAGAUCUUUCUGUUCUGAUCGAGAAGGUUGAGAACUGCUUCAGAUCUGCAGCACUGGCCACAGGAUGCAAAGUGGAAAUAAAAGGUGGUGAAAAUGAUUACUACAAUGUGCUUCCAAAUAAGAGCCUGCAGAAAGUUUACAAGGAGAAUGGAAAGAAGCUUGGAAUAGAAUUUAUAUCUGAAGACUGUAUCUUGAAUGGUUUGUCAGGUUCCACGGACUUUGGAAAUGUUACAUUUGUAGUCCCUGGGCUUCAUCCUUAUUUUUAUAUUGGCUCUGAUGCAUUGAAUCAUACUGAGCAGUACACAGAAGCUGCAGGGUCACAGAAUGCUCAGUUCUAUGCUUUGCGCACAGCAAAAGCUCUGGCAAUGACAGCACUGGAUGUCAUUUUCAAGCCAGGUCUUCUAGAAGAAGUCAGGGAAGACUUUAGACAGGUGAAGCUAAAAGAAGAGGGGCAAAUAAACCCAGUAGAAUGUAUCAAAGAAUCUGGAGUUGGCAUAGGAGCAUGUGCAUCCCAUUAAACUUUAUUCAGCUUUUCUCAGUAGGAUUGACUUCAUGGAGAUGCUGUAUUUAAAUCCUGGAGGGGGUUGGAUAAACACAUAGCUGAAGAAAUGUUCAGUUUUGGGGGGGGAACUUUAGGAAAGGCAAACAGUAUCACUGCUUUCAAAAAUGUGCAAUUUCAUCUAUCUGUAAUGUUCGCUCUAUUCAAUAUGGCAGUGAACUCUGGAAAGAAAUCUCAAAUACAUUGUCUUCAAGCUGCAGUGUUGAAUAAAUGAUAGUAUUUAGUUCCCUGUCAGUGAUUUUCUAUGUAUUGCUAAAGUAACAUUCUUUGUAGGGGAAAUAAGACAUCUACCUGGAAAUGCUGGUUCUAGAAUAAGCUCUGUUCACUUGGUGAUCAAAGGCUGAAUCAGAUCUAUGAAGUAUUUCUGUCUGGCCAGUCACUUUUUCUUGGGACAAGAUAAAGGCUUAAAACCUGAGCUGAUUUCACUGGAAAGAAAGGUGUAUGUUUGGUAGAAUGCCUGAUUUUGACAGUAGUAAUCUGUAGCAAUGGAGCAGAACCAUUUGUAUGGAAAUUAUGUUUUUAAAGUCUGAUUGUCCUGAAAUGCAUUGACUUGCCUCCUAACUGUUUUGGAGGUGGUAUGGCGAAGUCAGUGAUCAACAAAUUGGAAAGCAACUAAAUGUUUGUUUAAAUUAACAUGUUAAACCACUGCAGAGAAAUGCAUGUGCUCCUUUUUUUAAGUUGUACUCUAAGGCAGUACUGGUGUGCACACGAGGUUUUGUACUAGCUUAGCUGAUCUGAAGGAUCUGUCUAAAUCUAGCUAACGCAGUGGGAGUCUUUCUCACAAAGUUGCAAGCCUGGUACUGUGAAGCAGUAAAUGAAGCCAACCUUAAACUUAUGUGUGCAAACCAGUAAGCUCUUCAGAAGUUUGCCCUGGGGAUUGCUUGUGCAGUAUCUGGCUUCUCAAACCUGCUUGUUCCCAUAUCCUGUAAGAUAAGUAGAUGUGGUAAGUCUUGCAAGUUGUCCUUCCUGUGUGUUAAUCUGUUUAAGCCUUGUUAUUUUGCUUCUCAGAAACACUAAUAUUGCAGAUUUUACCUAGGUUGGUGUUACGUGUGUCCAAACAUGUUAGGGAUUUUUUUCUAAUUCAGUUUUUAAAGGAUCACUUGAGUACAUAGAGAAGGAACUAAUCUUUUGUUCGGAUACAAAUAGCUGAGUCUACGGGCAGACUGAGUGAAAAAGCAGUUUACUGGAUAACGAUUUUCUAAGCAUAAGUGUUAUAGUAAGCUUCUGAAAAGUAGUCAAGCAAACUGUAUUCCCCAGGAAGUUGGAAUAUCCAGAAUAAUUUCUGAAACCUGAUUUUUACCAGAACCAGUCUCUAAAUGUUGAACUCUGGAAUUCUAAUAAAAAUUUAUAUUCUGUUAAUUUGUAUAUUCAAUUUCUAACUCUGGAGAGAAACCGAUUCCUUAGCUUAACUCUGCACUCCCUUUGCAUUUCUACACACUUUUAAACACAGACUUCCAGCUGCUGUUUAUGAAUUCUUUUGAGACUUUCCUUUCUUAGAGGGAUGACUGUAUGUAUGACUGUACAGCCUAUAUAUGUUGCAUAGACAACAACUUGACAGUUUUUAGACUUUCUGAUACUUCACCCUCUGUGCUUGUAGUAAUAGGACACAGACUAUCUGUUAAAUAUAUUAAAUGCUCCAUGUCCUUUGACAAAGUAACUGAUUAUCUAGGAAGCAGAGGCACUUAAAGGGGUUUGUUUUGUAUUACAAGCUGGUUAGUUGAAGAGCAUGACUGUAAGUACCCAGGUUCCAAGACGGUCUGACCUUACACCAGUGUCCUUGCUUUCAGUAGUAAGCAGUUUUGACAGAUGAAUACAUGAAACAGGUGAGGGUUGGACUCUGAGUUAAUAGGUUUGUCCAGUAUUGUAAAUUGGAUACUAAAUCCAACUGAAAUUGGUCCAGUGUUUGUCAAAGGAACUUUAUCUGCAACUCUUAAAUCCUGCCAGUUCUCAAAUACAGUUACAAUUCAUAAAGUUCUCUUGGGUUAACAGGCUGGGUUAUGAAUUUCCUCUAGCAUAAGUGUCUUUUUAUUUUCUCCUGCAUGAGCUGCUUACCUGCUUGCUUUGCUGUUUCCUACUGGCUGAUGUGUGUUACAGCCUUUUCAGGUCUCUUUGUCUAGACUAGCUAGCUGUUGGCUGCAUCAUGCCCAAGAUCAUUUAAUUAAGCAUUUCUGAAUUAAAAUCAUGUCCUCAUUUUGUUGUAAUCAUUGCUGGAAUUAAGAUGAAACUGAAGUGCUGAUUAAAGAUGAGUUGAUAUCAAUAAAGCA